GCAAUAUGAUUGAGAAACCUAACUGAAUUCUCAGCAGAGUUUUCUCCUCCUCUCCCAACCCCAUUUCACAGAUUCUUCACUUCUUUAAGCAUGGAAGGUAACAGGACAACAAUCUGCAGAGGUUCAAAAACCCGAAAGGAAGAUUCUCCUCAAUAGAGUCAACAUGGCCCAAGUCCUGUAAUGGGUAAUUUGGAGAAUUCGUCCUCCGCAAAGCUGCAGCAGUGCUUUAUAGCAGCUAACGCCACGUCCCCAUCUGUUCUGGACAUCCCCUAUUUGCUGAGCGACAGCACGGCUGCUCUGCUGUCCAUCGUGGGCAACCUGUUCAUCUGUACUGUCAUCUUGAGGAACAGGAAGUUGCGUGCCACCGUCACCAACUAUUUUCUGGUCUCGCUGGCUGUAGCAGACUUCCUGGUAGGGGCAGUGGCCAUCCCUUGUGCCCAGUUUACUGAUGUGGGCUUGCCACGGUCCAGGCCACAGCUGUGUCUCCUGAUGCUUUGUAUGCUUCUAAUGUUCACACAGGCCUCUGUCUUUGGGCUGCUGGCCAUUGCUGUGGAAAGGUACAUCUCCAUCCUGAAACCAUUCCAGUACCAGUCUCUGAUGUGCCCUCGCAAUUCCCUGCUGGUGAUUUUGACUUCCUGGCUGCUAUCCAUUUUGAUUGGCCUGGCGCCUCUGAUGGGCUGGCAUGACCCCUUGCCGCCCAGUGGGGAAUGCCUCUUUAACAGCAUCAUCACAAAUACAUACAUGGUCUACUUCAACUUCAUGGUGUGCAUGCUGGCACCACUGAUGGUCAUGCUGAUGCUGUACGGACGCAUCUUCUUGGAGGUCAAGCGCCAGAUCCGUAAAGUUGCCGAGGGGGAAGUCAACAUCAGUGCCCAAAAGAGACGCCGGAUCAUUGUGCGCAAGGAGAUGCAGACUGCCACCUCGCUCUUUAUCAUCCUCUUCUUCUUCAUUGUUUGUUGGCUCCCACUUCACAUUCUCAACACCAUCAUGCUUCUCUGUCCAACCUGUUGCAUCCCCAGUCAGCUUAUCCUGGCCACCAUAAUCCUCUCCCAUGCCAACUCUGCCAUAAAUCCAGUGGUCUACGUCUUCCGUGUGCGAUCCUUCCGGAAGGCCCUCGAAAGCACCUUCCUCUGCAUCUGCUGCUCCGCCACAUUUUCCACAUCUGAGAUAAUGCCCUCCAACAUUUUAGAAGUGCCACCGCUUCAUAACACUUUACUGCCAGGGAAGUGAAUUUAGAAGUCUGAUUGGAACUAUCAAACUAUUAUCCAAUGGGAAAGAAAAUAUCAGAGCCAGUAAAAUUCUGUC